CUUCCCCGCGCCUUCACCAAUCACAAUUCCUCGACCAGCGACGCAAUGCGCCUCCUCCCCCGAACAUUACCCCCGCCGACAAUAUGUUCCUGCUGUCUACGGAGAUUAGCGACUACCACCCGUCGAUCAUUCUCAUCAACACUCCGCCGGCGCUCGCCGAUUGACACCGUUUCCUUGCACCUCCCUUCGCCCCUUCCGCGGGGCCCACCAAAAUGGCAUUCCCAAUACUUCCUUUCGAACGGUCACCUGCGAGUAGACGCCAACGACGCCCUCCCCGCCGAUGGUGGUGACUACACACAUACGCUGGACCGUGCAGCAACGUCGCUGACGGGACCCGCCCUGUUGCCCCACCGCCGGCGUCAGCGGCAGCAGAAACUUCGCGGGGGGAUUCCAUCGCCCUCCACCACUACAACAACGCAGCUCCCGCCGGACGCAUCAUCACUGCUAUCCACCGUAUCCUCCCGGCAGACUAGUUCCUGGAAACGAGCCUUUUACUCCUACCUCGCACUGACGAAACCUCGUCUGACAGCGCUCAUCGUACUGUCAGCUAUGGCGCCAUACGCCCUCUUCCCCGUGGACCCUCUCCUUUCCGACGUCCCGACAUUGUCCGCGCUGACGCUCGCAUUCCUGACUGUCGGCACGGCGCUCAGCUCUUCCAGCGCGAACGCAUUCAACAUGUGCCUCGAACCGGCCUACGACCGCCAGAUGUCCCGCACGCGAAACCGGCCACUGGUCCGCGGGCUGCUCACCCUGCGACAAGCGCUCGUAUUCGCCGUCGUUACAGGCGUGCUGGGCGCCGGUAGUCUGUACGUUGGCGUGAAUCCCACCGUCGCCGCGCUCGGCGGGAUCAAUAUUGUUCUGUACGCCGGCGUGUAUACCCCGCUCAAGCGCAUUUCCGUGGUGAAUACCUGGGUUGGGGCGAUCGUCGGUGGGAUUCCGCCGCUGAUGGGAUGGGCCGCGGCGGCUGGGAACGUUCAGGGCGUGGACUCGACGUGGAUCUCUACACUAUCACAUCCCGGUGGAUGGCUGCUGGCCGGUCUCCUCUUCGCCUGGCAGUUCCCGCACUUCAAUUCCUUAUCCUGGGGAAUCAGAGACGAGUACCGGCGAGUGGGAUACCAGAUGAUGGUCUGGAAGUACCCUGCCCUAAACACCCGUGUGGCCUUACGCUACUCGUUGCUGCUAUUCCCCAUCUGCUUCGGUCUGUGGGCUACCGGCGUUACAGACGCAGGUUUUUUGGUGGACAGUAGUGUUGUGAAUGGAUGGCUGGUACGGGAGGCCUGGAGGUUUUACAAGAAGGGUGGUGAGGGGGGCAAUGCUAAGAGGCUGUUCUGGACAAGCGUCUGGCAUUUGCCGGUCGUUAUGGGGUUGGCUAUGGUGCAUAAGGCGGGGCUCUGGAGGGGGGUUUGGGAGAGUAUUGUUGGGACCGAAGAGGAGGGGUAUGAAUGA